AUGCGUUUGCUUCUCUUGUUGUUUUCGCAAAUCCUCCUGGCUCUUGCCGAGGAGAAUGAAGCCGUGGAAAUGGCUGCGAUGGAAGCACCAGCAGCAUUGAACAACGGUUUUAGCCCACGCUUAUUUGAGGGUGCCGUUGCGCCUGUGCCCUUUGCAAAGCGCCAGGACCUAGGCGUGUGCCCAGAUGGAGGGCACAGGUGCGAGGAUAUAGGCGCUCCCGAUAGCUGCUGCCCCAGCGACCUGUACUGCUACUACAAGGCAGACUGGGAAGUCGGAUGCUGUGGAUUCGGGAAGAACUGCGAUCCUACUUGCACGGGUACCUUGUAUCGGGUAAAUGCGACAAUCACGAGUACAGCCAGUAUUACAGCCAGUAUCACGCAGUCAGGCACAGACACUGGGGCGGCGACUCUAACUGAGACCGUGACUAAGAGGGUGACAACCUUCACCUCUGUAGGCUGCACCCAGAGACCUUGUGCGAUAUCAGAAUAUCAGUGCCCAGAGUCCAUGGGCCACGGCUGCUGCAAUAACAAUCAAGUCUGCGGCUCAAGCGCCCGCUGCCUCGGAACGGUCUCGACCAUCGCAACAGACGUGCCCACCCGCGGCUGCAGCGGUACUCCCAGCGCUACUGAAUGCACCGACGGCGGAUGUUGUCUCAAGGGCCAAACGUGCGCCAAUUCGAGUGGGACCCCGGUAUGCAGCGGCCAAGCCGACGGCCCUGCGGGAUCCAACACCACGACCGUGGACACGGGUCUGUCCCAGAGCGCGCGGGCGGGCAUCGGUGCCGGCGUGGCCAUUGGCGCGGCCCUGGUGAUUGGCGCCGUGACCUGGUUCUGUAUCCGCAGGCGGCGCCGGGCCCCGACGGAUGGCGCCCGGACGCGCACGGGCGGCGGCGGCGUUACGCCCGGUCUGGACGGCGCCACUGCCGCCGGGGGCACCAUGUCCGAGGCCAGUGUCCCGGUGCGCAACCGCGUGCACCGCCAUGGCAUGGUGUACGAAUACCUCGGUCCCACGGCGGUGCCAGGCCCCUUUACGGAAGAAGAAGGCGCGCCGGUCCAUUACGGGGGAGAGACCCACCGCGACCGCGGCGUGCCCGAAUAUCCCCAAGAGCCUGGGGAUAUCAGCAGACCCGUCGAGAUUGGCUCGUCGCCUGAGAUAAUCAAGGAUAAGGAUGAGACGCUGCCCGGCUUCGGCCGGAGCGCGAGCCUGAGGUCUGAUCAUGAUAAUAACCCUCAAGCGACGGAAAACAAUGAGAUUUACGAGCUCGACGCGUUUCCAAGUCCGAGCCCAAUGUCCCCCGAGGAGUUUGCUUCGGCGCAUAGUCAUCCCCUUGGCAGUCCGAGUGACUUCAUUUCGCCCCCAGGGACGUUGAGGAAUGAUUAUUUGGGUUGA